CAGAGGACGGUUCAUUCCUGUGGAGAUGGUGACGCAUUAGACACUGGUGUUGAUGAUCCAUCUUGUUCUUAUGAUACAGAGAUGGACCCUGGCAACAUGCCCUUGGGUUUAGAGACACAGACUGAUCUGUCUAGAGAGGACUGGAACCGGUACAGUAGUAGUGUGUACUCUGAAAGGUGCCUAGAUAAGAAAGGGGAGGGUCUGGUCGUAGAUGAAGUGACUGUGAAAGUGGAGGGCAACGUUCCUCCCACAUGGAAUACAGAUAGUCACCUAGAAGACAGACACUCACAGGGCAGAGAUUUCUUAGAUUACAGGGAAAGCUUAGAGACAAAUCAAAAUGUCGCCACCCACUCCCUUUUACACGCGUUCAGGGAUCGCGACCCAGUGUCCACGUCGAUGGCACCUUCCGAUUCACACGGCCACAUCCUUUUCGAUCAGGUAUUGAACUCAAACGACAGGGCUAGAGCCCAGGCUCAGGGAGGGGGAACCACAUCAGGCAAUAGUAAAGAGAAACAGUUCCUCUGCAUGUUCUGUAACAAAGGCUUCAGCUGCCCGCAGAAGGUGGAGAUCCACAAGAGGGUCCACACUGGGGAGAAACCCUUCAGCUGUACCCAGUGUCACGUGUGCUUCGCCCAGGCUGGUGACCUGAAGAGGCACCAGAGGGUCCACUCAGGGGAGAAACCCUACAGCUGCCCCCACUGCACCCAGUGUCACAUGUGCUUCGCCCAGGCUGGUCACCUGAAGAGACACCAGAGGGUCCACACAUGGGAGAAAUCCUACAGCUGUCCCCAGUGUGAGAAGAGGUUCUCCCACCAGCACCAGCUGAAGACGUACCUAAAGGUCCACACGGGCAAGAGGCCGUUUGCCUGUACGCACUGUGGCAAGAGGUUCUACCUCAGGAUACACCAGCAGAAAAUGCACACGGCCCAUGUAUAGUGACAUGUAAUGUAGUACUAGUUAGUUUAUAGUUAAUUCUGUUGGUUUUUGAUGUAGUAGGGAACUGGAUGAGGCGAAUUGAGGAAAGAAUGAGUAUGAUGAGGCAGAGUAGAUGAUAUGGUGAUGGGUGGUGUCUGUAAAAAUGCUUCACUGAUUAAGUGACAACCCUGACCUGUUGUUUGAUGCUGGUGUUUUAUAAUGAGAAUUAUAGUGCCUUAAUUCAUGUUUACUUGACAUAAAGUAGUGAAGCUGUGUAAUGUAAUGUUGAACCUUUGCCAAAGUAUUCUAACAUUAAUUUGAUCAAAGUAAGGGUACCAGAUUUACAGAAAAGGUUACCAUAGUGAGAAAGGUUAUUCUACUUGUCACGUAUCGUUUUGUGCAAUAAAAGUACUGUACUUCAUGUUAUGUGACUGUAUGACCAUUUUGUUGAAAUUAAAUAAAAACUGUGCUG